GGAACCGCCCGGACUGCAGUCCCGCCCCAGAACCGGCAGGGAGCAGAGCUGUGGAGCCGGCUGAUCUCACGUCCGUCAGUCCAUUCUUGCGUCCUUCUGUCCAUCGAACGCGCAGCCACGAGGUAGAAGCCGCUGUCCCAGAGGGAGCGAGCUGGUGGCCGCAGUUCACGGGCCUGGCGGCUCCAUCCAUGGCCUGCAGAACCCUGGGAAUAUGGCCUGCGACUUGACUACACCUGAUGAGCCUUGAAAUUACCGAGAAUCCAUCUUCCACAAACAGGACCAGGACUGGCCUUAAGUGACAGGACCUUUCCUCUUGGGGCUCUUCUUCAAGGCUCUGGGACCCAGGGAGACACCAAGUGCUGGUCCCUUUCCCCAGGCAGCUCAAUCUCCAACUCUUAAGGGUGGCAUGGCAGCGAGCACAGACAUGGCUGGACUGGAGGAGAGCUUCCGCAAGUUUGCCAUCCAUGGUGACCCCAAGGCCAGUGGGCAAGAGAUGAAUGGCAAGAACUGGGCCAAGCUGUGUAAGGACUGCAAGGUGGCUGAUGGGAAGGUCGUGACAGGAACCGAUGUCGAUAUCGUCUUCUCCAAAGUCAAGGGGAAGUCUGCUCGGGUCAUCAAUUAUGAGGAGUUCAAGAAGGCCCUAGAAGAGCUGGCAACCAAGCGAUUCAAGGGGAAGAGCAAGGAGGAGGCCUUUGAUGCCAUCUGCCAGCUGGUGGCAGGCAAGGAACCAGCCAAUGUGGGCGUCACUAAAGCAAAAGCAGGGGGUGCUGUGGAACGGCUGACCGACACCAGCAAGUACACGGGUUCCCACAAGGAGCGUUUUGAUGAGAGCGGCAAGGGCAAGGGCAUUGCUGGACGGCAGGACAUACUGGAUGACAGUGGCUAUGUGAGUGCCUACAAGAAUGCAGGCACCUAUGAUGCCAAGGUGAAGAAAUGAGGCCUGGCUGCCCCUGGAAGAGGCUCAGGCCUGGGCCUAAGGGGCAUGUGGAGCAAGAGAGCCCGGUCCCCUCCCUCCCUGUUGGAUCUGCGACCCAGUGCUUGUUGCCCAGCCCCAUGGGGCCAGCCCACCAGGCCUCUGGCCCAGACUGCUCUGUGUCCCCUUCCUUUUCCUCUUUCCUCCCUGACUUCCAUCCAUCUGGGGAGAGUCUGUGCCUCUAUUCUCACUGCCCUAACCUAGCCCCAGGCAUGGCUAACCCCUGCCUUGCUUGCCUCAUAUUUAAACUGCUGCUCUGGCCAAGUGCCUAAUUCUUACCCAGACCUCAAUAAAGGCAUUUUUUGUACCAAUA